CCCACAGGCCAGCUCACCCCUCCCCCACAGCCCUGCGUGAGCUCAUAAUACCUAGCCUUCUGAUGGCAGCUGCCUCUUUAGGAACUUAAACUGACCAAAAUGGAAAGCUUUGGAUGAGUGGAGCUGGAGUCUGCCAUCGGUGUAAAGUCGGAGCAUUCAGAAAGUUCUGAAGUGUGGACAGGACAAAUAAGAAGCUACCAGAAGCCUAGUUUCUACUCGACAUCGGGAAAAGUUACCAACAGCAGUCCUAAAACAGAAGGGCUGCCUCUGGAAACUUUUUCAGAUGCUUCAGGUAUCGUGAACAGAGACUUGUUUGGAUUAUGCGUUUCUCAGCUAGACUAAAUAAAUGUUAACAAUGGAUAAGUGCAAACAUAUUGGGCAGUUACGGCUUGCUCAAGACCAUUCCAUCCUCAACCCUCAGAAGUGGCAUUGUGUGGACUGCAAUACAACUGAGUCGAUUUGGGCUUGCCUUAGCUGUUCUCAUGUUGCCUGUGGAAGAUACAUUGAAGAACAUGCACUCAAGCACUUUCAAGAUAGCAGUCAUCCUGUCGCGCUGGAAGUGAAUGAGAUGUAUGUUUUUUGUUACCUUUGUGAUGAUUAUGUUCUUAAUGAUAAUGCAACUGGAGACAUGAAGUUACUACGAAGUAUGUUAAGUGCAAUCAAAAGUCAAAAUUAUCAGGGCACCACUCGUAGUGGAAGGGUUUUGCGGUCUAUGGGUACGAGUGAUGAGAAUUACUACUUACAGGAUGGCACCCAAUCUCUGCUUCAAAAUGAAGAUCAAAUGUAUACUGCUCUUUGGCACAGGAGAAGGAUAUUAAUGAGUAAAAUCUUUCGAACUUGGUUUGAGCAAUCACCCAUUGGAAGAAAACGGCAAGAGGAACAAUUUCAGGAAAAAAUAGCAAAAAGAGAAGUAAGGAAAAGACGACAAGAAUUAGAAUUUCAAGUUAAAGCAGAACUGGAAACUAUACCUCCUAGAAAGAGUUUACGUUUGCAAGGUCCAGCUCAGUCUACCACAGUAGAAAUCGUUCCUGUUCAAGUUCCACCACAAACCCCAGCAUCACCAGCAAAAGAUGAAAUAGUAUCUACCUCAGAAGAUGUAAGAUUAAAAAAAGCCAGUGACUCCUCAGGUAAACGAAGACCAAUAGUAACCCCUGGUGUAACGGGAUUGAGAAAUUUGGGAAAUACUUGCUAUAUGAAUUCUGUUCUUCAAGUGUUGAGUCAUUUACUUAUUUUUCGGCAAUGUUUUUUAAAACUUGAUCUGAACCGAUGGCUGGCUGUGACAGCUAGUGAUAAGACAAGAUCACCUUAUAAGCACCCACCAAUCACAGAUACAGUAUAUCAAAUGAAUGAAUGUCAAGAAAAAGAUACGGGCAGUGCUCCCUCCAGACACCCAAGUUUGUCAUUAGGACUAAGUGGUGGAGCGUCAAAGAGUAGAAAGAUGGAACUUAUUCAGCCAAGGGAGCCAAGUUCACAGUACAUUUCUCUCUGUCAUGAACUGCAUACUUUGUUCCAAGUCAUGUGGUCUGGAAAGUGGGCCUUGGUCUCACCAUUUGCCAUGCUGCACUCCGUGUGGAGGCUAAUUCCAGCUUUUCGUGGUUAUGCCCAACAGGAUGCUCAGGAAUUUCUUUGUGAACUUUUGGAUAAAAUACAACAUGAACUAGAGACAACUGGUACUAGGUUACCAGCUCUUCUCCCUACUUCUCAAAGGAAACUUAUCAAACAGGUUCUGAAUGUUGUGAAUAAUAUUUUUCAUGGACAACUUCUUAGUCAGGUUACAUGUCUUGCAUGUGACAACAAAUCAAAUACCAUAGAACCUUUCUGGGACUUAUCACUGGAAUUUCCAGAAAGAUACCAAUGCAGUGGAAGAGAUAUUACUUCCCAGCCAUGUCUGGUUACUGAAAUGCUGGCCAAAUUCACAGAAACUGAAGCUUUAGAAGGAAAAAUCUACGUAUGUGACCACUGUAACUCAAAGCGUAGAAGGUUUUCUUCAAAAUCAGUUGUACUCACAGAAGCACAAAAACAGCUUAUGAUUUGCCACCUACCUCAAGUUCUCAGACUACAUCUCAAACGAUUCAGGUGGUCAGGACGUAAUAACCGAGAGAAAAUUGGUGUUCAUGUUGGCUUUGAAGAAAUCUUAAACAUGGAGCCUUAUUGCUGCAGGGAAUCCUUGAAAUCCCUCAGACCAGAAUGUUUUAUCUAUGAUUUAUCUGCGGUAGUAAUGCACCAUGGGAAAGGAUUUGGCUCAGGACACUACACUGCCUACUGCUAUAAUUCUGAAGGAGGGUUCUGGGUACACUGCAAUGAUUCCAAGCUAAGCAUGUGCACUAUGGAUGAAGUAUGCAAGGCCCAAGCUUAUAUCUUGUUUUAUACCCAGCGAGUUACUGAGAAUGGACAUUCUAAACUCUUGCCUCCAGAAUUCCUGUCUGGUAGCCAACAUCCCAAUGAAGAAGCUGAUACCUCUUCUAAUGAAAUCCUUAGCUGAUCCAAA